UCCAGCGGAGGGACAGAUUAUACGGCUCUACACAACUGUUGUUUUAAUCCCCUGGGCGAGGAGAUUUAGCAAAGAAAAAACAGUGGCUUUAAACCCAGCAGCCAUAUUGUAUGGAAAAACGACGGAAAGAUUCCUGUUUUCAGAAAAAGUCGGUUUCUUAUACACUUUUGUCAAGACUUUUGGGGAGUUUAAUUUUCUUUCUAACUGGCGGUGGGGUUGUGUUGGACAGCUAGCUUGCCAGCUGGCUGAGGAGUCCAGAGAUUGUGACUAGUUUCUGAGCCAUUUACACAAUAUUGUGGUUAUCGCCUUGGUCUUAAAAUUGUCAAAUCAACCGUGUGAAAGAUGAAGGACCGAUUGGAGCAACUUAAAGCGACGUGCGAUCAAGAUGACGAUGAGGUGGAGAUUGCUGUGGACAAUGCAGCCUUCAUGGACGAGUUCUUCUCUCAGAUUGAGGACAUCAGGAACAGUAUUGAUAAAAUUGAUGAGAAUGUGGCUGAAGUCAAAAAGCUUUACUCGGUCAUCCUGUCUGCUCCCACUUCAGAACAGAAAACACAGGAUGACUUGGAGGCAAUCACCAAUGAAAUAAAGAAGAUGGCCAACAAUGCAAGAAACAAACUCAAGACCAUCGAGAGGAAUCUGGAGUCUGAGGAGCAGGAGAGGGUGUCGGCUGACAUGCGGAUACGCAAAUCACAGUAUGCAGUGCUGUCUAGGAAGUUCGUGGAGGUCAUGACAAAGUAUAAUGAAGCUCAGGUGGACUUCAGGGAGAGGAGUAAAGGACGUAUUCAGAGACAGCUAGAGAUCACCGGAAAAGCAACAACAGAUGAAGAACUGGAGGAAAUGUUGGAGAGUGGCAAUGCUGCUGUGUUCACUGCAGGGAUUGUGGACUCUGGGAUCUCCAAACAAGCCCUGAGUGAGAUUGAAUCCAGACACAAAGACAUUGUCCGUCUGGAAAGUAGCAUCAAGGAGCUGCACGAUAUGUUUGUAGACAUCGCCAUGCUGGUGGAGAGCCAGGGUGACAUUGUAAACAACAUAGAGCAGAAUGUAUCUAAAUCCAUGGACCACAUAAUAGCAGCAAAGGAACAGACCAAAAAAGCUGUAAGGUAUCAGACCAAAGCACGCAAGAAAAUGGUGAUAUUAGUGGUGGUUGUGGUGGUCUUGCUGGCCUUACUAGCUCUCAUUAUCGGGUUGUCAGUGGGACUGAAGCAAAGCUGAUGAUCUAUCUGAGUAAGAGGAGAGCUAAGGAAGAUGAUAAUUAUUGGUGCAGUCUGUCCUGUGGCUGUUUUCAUCCUCCUCAUCGUCAUCCUCACACUGUAGCAGGAACUCUGAGCUGCUACCAUCAUCGGUUUAUUCAUCAUCCACUCCAUCCUACCCUCCAUCAGCUGGCCCACCAAAGAAAAGAUUGAUACCGGUCCCUUCAGAUGGAUAUAAUAAUAUUUCUCCCACAGAUCUACAAGUCAUCAACUUUAAACUGUACCAAGAGUCUUUUUAACUAGUAGAGGAAGGCUUGGUGUUACAUUUGAGGGCUGGAAACAAAGGGGACCUACAAGAUUUGUGAGCCUUAAAACACUGUUUGUGACCUUUGAAUUGCUUUUACCAAUGCCAUCUGAAGCAUCCUUCCUGGUUUGUGAGGGGUUGUUUGACUCCCUCAGGCAGCUUGGACAGUUUGAGGAUGCUCUGCUGUAAGUGAGGAAAUGAGACAAAGCUGACAUGAAGUACAAUAACUGUUGUAUCUGCGGAGGCGAAAAGGGAAUUGAAAAAUAACUGAUCAUAAUUUCACUUGUGUUACUUAACAUUUCCUUGUUCAACAUUCAGUGCCAAAGAAUCAGCCUGAAAGUGUUUAUUUUACUGUCGAGUCAGACUGUUCUGAGGCCUUAUAGAAGCACAUCACCUCCCUUACCUUUUAUUUCUUGCCUUUUAUGAGCCUUGACACAUUUUGUGAUUGCAAAGCUAGCUACUGUAUGUUCACUGUAAUGGGAUUUUCAUGGUUUGAAGGAGUUUCAGCAUUUUCACAUUUAAAAAAACAAAAAAGUCUAAUUUCUGUAAUCAGCUCAGAUGAUCAGGUGAAUAACAGAAUUAUUAUACUUUGUGUUAUCAGUAUCUAACCCUGAAUAUGACUCAGCUAUGUAACUUGAAGAGGGUCAGUGUGCCCACUUGAGGUUCUUCAGUUAAGAGAGCACAGUGGUUCUGAUUUUAAAUGUGUGAAGGAUGGUGCUCAUCAAAACACAUUUCAUGGACAGACAGAGCUCAGAUAAGCAAACAAGCAAAAAAAAAAAAGUAAAGCCUCAGGGAUGAACACGCAUUCCUUGCUUGAAGAUUUAUCUGAACACUGCAACACUAUUACAUAUAUAGACACGAUCAUCAUUCCUGUCAAAAUGCUGUAAACACACAGCGUUUAGAGCCACAUGAUAUAAAGAGAGGCUGGUAAUAACACUAGUGACUUAGCUUGUUUCCCAAAAGAGCCAGAAUAUUUUUGUAUUUGAUACUUUUUGAUGAAGUGUUGUUAAUAAAGUCACACAUACAGGAUAUGGUCUCAGUGGCUGGUGGCUCUCUAAACAGAGGCAUUUCCUGCCAUAUAUUGGCUCUCAUAACAUUUCUACUGUGAACACACAACUCAGUUGCCAAUUUAUUAGGUACAGCUCUCUGAAACUAAUACAGUCCAAUACAACAGCCCUGUAAUAAAUCCCAUCUUUAUGAAGGUUGUAAUCUCCAGGUUUUUUUUGGUAAAAGAGCUUUAGAGAUAUGUUGGUUAAACUUAAUGGACAUUUUGGAGGCUGUAGUUUUCUAGAAUCGAUUACUUUUAACUGGCAACUAAGUUUAAUUCUUGUUGGUAGAAAGAAUGUGUCAAACCUACAAUUUAUUGAACCACAGUGCACAUACUGUCACCCUGUGGCUGUAAUAGGGUCAUUAAGGCGGGUGAUUCUAGCUUUAUUUACAAGGACUGUAUCAGAGAUAAUAUUUACACCAGUCAUCUGAGAGAAGAGGAAAGACGAUGAAUAUUAAUCAGUGGCUAUUGACAACAUUAGGAGGUUUGUAGUGCAACAACAUACUUUGUAAAAUGUCCAGUGCAUAAUGAGAGGCACUAUUGUCUUUGUUUCUGUUCGACCAGAGCCUGAAUGGUGCAUUUAAUUCUGGUUGUGCUGGAAGCACUUGAAAGUGAGAGGCCCCCAGCUUGAUCACUAGACCAUUUCAAUCUGCUCCUUUGGCUUCUGUCCACUAAUGUUCAAUCCUGAUGCUUCUAUUCAAGCCUUGUUCUUCUGCAAUAAGAGAGGGAGGAGAAAACUGAAACUGUUGUAAACUUUUAACUUAAGUGCCAAUGAUUUUAAUGGAGAUUAAAGAUUUUAUGUUUUUUAAA